AUGAAGUGUGUUUAUCUCAUCGUUCCAUUUCUUCACUUCACUUUCUCAGAGUUUCAGGUCGUGGGUCCACCUGAUCCUCUUAUUGCAUUAGCUGGAUCUGAUCUGGUUCUGCCAUGUUCUGUGCAACCCAGCAUGAGUGCGGUGGACAUGAAUAUCAACUGGACGAGAGCAGACCUAAAAAACACACUAGUGCAUGUCUACAAGGACCACAGGGAAAGAAACGAUGAUCAGGACCCUUCUUACAGAGGAAGGACGGCUCUAUCUGAAGAGAAUCUACAACAAGGCAACACCUCACUGCUUCUGUCCAAAGUCAGAGGGUCUGAUGAGGGAAAAUACACAUGUUCUAUCAGGGCCAAAUCUGGAUUUGGUGAUUACACUUUUGAAGUGAAAGUUGAAGCUAUUGGAACACACCCACUGAUCACUGUGGAGAGCUACGAUAGCUCAGGAGGGGUCAGUUUACUGUGUGAAUCUAAAGGUUGGUGGCCUAAGCCUGAUCUUGAGUGGCUGGCCAGUAAUGGAGCUAAUGUGAUCGGAGUUACAGAAACAGACAGCGACACAGGGAGCUUCAACGUGAAACACCGUAUCACUGUAUAUAACAGUGACAGCAACAAGUUUUACUGCAGAGUGAAACAGAGGGAUCACAUGAUGGAGGCAGAGAUCAUCAUCUCAGGUAAGUUACACCGCUAAAACCCUUUAACAG